AUGGGUGAGCGAGCCCGGAAAAUUUGGGAACAGACCGAUAAGUCAGAGGUGAGCACCACCCAACCAGAAUCAUCUUCCGAAGAGGAAGACGAGCGGCCCUCCUCGCCUGGUCUUCCAUCUGAUUCUUCCGACUCUGAAGAUGAUCAAGUUCCGAGUGAAAAUGGAUGGCCAAAAGAUAAAACUCCAAGGAAGAAACGUCGAAAAGCUCCUUUCUACGCUUCAGACGGACCUAUGCAUAGCACACCAAUGGAGACAACACCCGAGGAAGAACCGUUGAGAGAACCUGAGUCGGAAUCUUCCGACACCGAUGACGAAGAGUUACCAACGAUCGAUCGUAAAAAGGAUCAUCCUUCCUUCAAAGCCGUCCCCGAGAUUAUACAGGACAAAGGGGUGUCAGGUUCGGCUGCCACCUCUGAUACGACUCCAUCUGUGGACAGCAGCUUGAAAAAGAAGCCUCUGAAGUCAGCUCUCAAGAAACCGAAGAAUCCUAUUCCUAUACCUGUCAUGGAAGAGCUUAAUGAUGACGAUGACGAUGAUAAAUCACUCAGCACUGAUCGUCAUCAUCAUCACCAUCACCACAAAGACAAACAUCGACACCGUCGAGACAGACCACGGUCCCGCGCGAGUUCCGUGUCUAGCGAUCAGAAGGAGAAAAAACGCAGAUUUAGGAAGAAAGGUUCCAAGAAGAAGGAAACGUUAGUACAAAUUGGUGGAGAGGAAUACAGAGUGCAGGCUGGGGACCAGUCUUUGUUUCAAGAUUCUCAAGUCUAAGCAAGUUUCUGGGGUUCGACAACUAGAUAUGAAAGACUACUAGCUUGUACUACUCUCCAAUUCAACAAGCGUUUAUUUAGCUAGAGUGAUAAGCCUUUAGUUUUUUUUUAAGAUAUCAAAACUUACUUCGAAAAUGGUUUUGUUUAAUGGCCGUAAGUGUACAUUUAUUUCGUAAUACAACACGGUUAACCGUGAGAUUAAAAAAAAUCCCACUUUUUUCCUUGAGAAGCAAUUAAUUUUGCUUGUCUUUCUUAUAAGGUUUGUAAAACCUUUGAUAUUGUAUAGAUGCUCUAACGUAUAUUUAGUGCAGAAUUCUCAGUCUUUUUUAAAAUAAGUUUUAGAAUUAGGUGUUUCUUAUAAACCGCUAGUAAGCUUUUGAGAUAAACGAGGAAAAAUAUUUUUAUCGAAUCUCGACAUGAUUGCAGUAUUUUCUUACCGUGAAAUUUUUAAUGAGGUAUCUUGAAGUUUCAAAUUGCAAAUGGAAUAUAAUUUAUUAGCUCUGUAGGAACAGUUAUCUGCUUAAAAAGGCAAAAAAAAUCGUAUUUUAGCUUAGCUUUUGACAACGCAUCGGCGAAAGUGGAAGAGAGUUCUUCCAAAUAAACAUUCUUAGUUUUUAAUGUAAGCGUCUUGAGAGUGGCCAAAAUUUACACGCCGACUGUAAAUUUCUUAGCUUGUUUAGCUCAUGAUUUAGUGUUAACAAUUUGAAAUUGAACUUGCAGAGUGUAAUGGAAUCAAAACACUCAAGCAUAGACAAUGUCUAAGACUCCAUUUGAUCUUUUGCGAAGAUGUCCGAUGAGUUAUUUAUUUUACUUCCAGUGUGUUUGGUUUCAAAGCAAUUUCUAUAAAAAGAAAUUACUUCUUAUGUACAUUUUUUGCUGAUGGAACGUGUUAAUAAAGUCUAAAAGGCACCUCGACUGUAGUCA